UUCAAUGUUGUGGAUCUCGGCUCAUCUGGCCUUACCUCUGUUAGUUUUAAGCUGUUUGCUGCAAUGUCCCGCGCCAACUCAGACAGCCGCGGGAAAAAAAGAAAACAAGUCAUCUUCGAGGGAAGCGACUAAGAAUCAGUUGACGGUGUCGUCCAAAGUAAAAAUGUCAACCGUCCGGUUAAAAGAAACUGCAAGACCCACAACAAAGCCCGCUGCACCAACAAAGAAAGCUACGACAGCGAAAAAGACAACAACCCCAACACCUUUGAACGAGUUCUCACUAAAUGACAUCCUUUUCAAAGGUCGACAAUCAAGUAAGUAAAUAAUAAUUGUUGGCCGUCAUGUUUGUCAGGAAGUUAUUAUGGAGUAUGUUUCACCGACAACUUGCUUAAAACUGAGUUAUGUGGCCAAAUUAUGCGAUUCACCCAGUUUAUCAGAGAUAUUUGUAAUAUUUGCAGUGUAUGCUGUUAAAACAAAGAAACCCGUUUCUGCACCUGUUCCAAAAUAAAAAAAAAAACUGUGUUUCAUCACAAGUUGAUAAGAUUCGUUAUGAAAUAAUAAAGUAAUGCAUCUCAUACGUUUUAGUUUCCUGUAUUUCAUGGAUUACGGUAACAUGCAACACCCAGCUUACCUAAGUGCACUGUUUAUGGCAGAAUUCGAUUUUUGUUUUCAACUGAUCCAAUCUUUAUUAUCCUUGUUAGUUUCCGUCCUUACACCAAAGACCAAAGUUCAAAGUCGUUUCUCUACUCACAUUCAGGCCUCGUCCAUACGCAUUUGGGUACAUAUUCUGAAAACACAUUUUUUUUCCGUUUUAUCUCCGUCCACACUUAGCGGUAUUCGAAUCAUAUUCGCCCGUCCACAUGAAAACGCUUAAACGAUGGAAAUACGAUAGCGUCCCUUACGCGCUCUAUGAUGUCACCGUAUUCGAAAACCUCCAUUUCUCACAGAGAGUUUAUGACUGACUCAGUAAAAAAGCUUUCAGGGGAGUACCCAACCUUUUAAGCUAUAGUAAAACGGGCGAUUAAAAAAUUUUACGCAACAUUGCUGCAAAACGAGUUGAAUAGCGAACGCAUCGUGAUCGAAAUGUAUACGUUCUAACGAAAACAUGCCGUAAAAUUCCGAAAAUGAGCCCCAGGGCUUAUACUUUUCAAAGGACCUUUUUAGGGGCUUAUUUUUGGAGGGGCCUAUAUUCGGAGGGGCCUAUCUACGGAGGGAAAUUCGCGUUUCAAAGUCGACUGGGCUAGCCUUAUAGUUGCAAGGAAAUUUACCGUUUUUGCCUCGUUUUACUUUGUAUUUGAGGGCAAUUUCCAUGUACAAGCCCCCCGAGGGGCUUGUAUUUGGAGGGGCUUAUACAUGGAGGGGCUUAUUUUCGGAAUUUUACGGUAUUUAAUAGCGUGGACGGAGCCUGACAGUAGAGAAAGAAACAAACCCGUGACAUUUGGAAGAUCCGUAUAACCAUCAACACUUUAGAUCAAAUAUCCUCACUGCAAGGUCCGUUAAAAAAGGUCUUUUGAUAGAAGCUAUUUAAUUAAGCAGUGUUCAUCUGUCUUUUUUUUUCUUUUUUUUUUGCAGACGAGGCGAACGCUUUCAUCAAAGCCAAUGAGCAAAGAGGAAAAACUUUAGAGACGACAUAUGAGCACGUUCGGGAACAAGAUCUGAACGAUAUAGAGGCGUUAGUUAGGAUAAGAAAAGGGUCCUCGUGAUUUCCUCGGUCUUGAAAUUGUACAUUAUAUCUUUCUAGUUCUUUUAGAGCUAUCGCCAAAACUGAAAAAAAAAAUAGUUUCCAGCCACAUCUUAUGGUCUUUAUAGUAUUUGGACUAAUCGGAAAUAAGAACAAAACCAGUUGCGAUAUGUUUUUGCAUUCACCGGCGCUAUCCUGCUAGCAAGCUCCCCGGGGCACUCUGGGGGUGGGGCGAAAACCCGGAGAGCUUGCUAGCAGGCUAAUUAGACCUAAUUAGGCGCCAGCCAAAAUUAUCUUCUUCUUAUCGAAUGAUAGAAAUUCCUUGCUGGACUGUGAGUGGUCAACUACAUUACCUUGCUAAAGGAGGUGAAAGGAUUUAAACUAAUCAGAAAUUAAACCAAAUAGCUGUGCCAGGUAGUUCCAAAAGCGCCAACUACAAUAACCUGACAACGUUCUUUGAAUUUGAAUGGUUGGUAGGACUGCCUUCCUCGGUUGUGAUUGGUUAAAUUAGCACUUUAACGAAGGCUCGGUAUCAAUGAUAAAUGUUUUACUCAUAAUCAAUCUGGUACAGUUUGUACUACAUAUGCAUUAUAUAGACCAGAAACACGUGGUGAAAAUUCUCGAUCCGCGUUCUCCGUGAACAUUUUUGACCAUGGGUUUCAACCUAUUUUUGUAAUUUAACAAUGUCAAAUUCACGACAAAAAGAGAGAUCAACAAAAACAACAACAAAAACAAAAACCCCCCAAAAAACCAGCCUCUUUAAAAAAUCAGGUUUGACUAAAGAGAUAUUAGCAUGAUGUAUUUUGCAUAUAUUUUUUAAUGAAAGUUCUCAAAAUGUUUUUUGCUCUGGUAGCAAUCAUUUGCAUUAAAAU